GCUUUUGUCAUUAUGCGGUUGUUACUUAUGUGUAAAAUUUUCAACAACCACAAAAGUUUUUAAUUCUCAACAAUUUCUCUAAAAACUAAUAUGGAUGCUUAUGCGUUACCUACGUAUUUUCCGCUGGCCUACUCGGAGUUGCAGUUUUUAGCAUCGAGAAGAGCUGCGGCGGCAGCUGCCGCAGCUACAGUGUUGCCAUGUACACCCUCUAGAAAUCAUGGACAUAUGCAUACUCAUCACCAUCCUCAUGCUUCGGAUGUUAGCAGUUCAGUUUCAAUAGCUACAAGUGCUUUAGAUUCAACGUCCGCCACAAACGGUAGGUCCAACGAUGUCCUCACUGUGGUGAAUAAUGCUGUCCAGGGCGGGCAAGGCCAAGAACAAAGCCAUCAUCAUCACACGCAUGCUCUUGAUCAUGUAGGAGUUACUGUGACUUCGCAACCACAGACACACGACUUUCAUCCGGCUUAUAGAAUCCCGGGAUAUAUGGAGCAGUUCUACUCCUUGCAACGUAGCAGCCCGACUGCGUCCUAUCACGAUCCAUAUACGAAUUGCGCACCAGCCUUUCAUUUGGCUGGGCUGGGACUGGGCUCCAGUGAGUAUUUGAGCGCACGUGGAAUGGGUUCAUUGAGUGAACUUCAUCAUGCUGCUGUAGCAGCUGCAGCAGCUGCGGCUGCUGCUGGAUCUUUAGCAAGCACCGAUUUUCACUUCAGUUUUGAUGGAAAUGGUCGCCUUAACAGUUCUCGUACGGCUGCAACUGCCGCUGCGGCUGGGGCAGGAGGAAGCAUCCGUGCUAGUGUUAGCCGGAAGCGUGCACUUUCCUCAUCACCAUAUUCAGACUCUUUUGACAUUAAUUCAAUGAUUCGUUUUUCGCCGAACUCGCUGGCAAACAUGAUGAGCGCGUCGCGUGCCAGCAGUGCAGCGAGUGGCUCAUAUGGCCAUUUAUCCGCGGGUGCCAUAAGUCCUAUUGGUAUAUCGCAUGCGCACUCUGCCAUGACGCCUCAUUUGCAGCAAUUGCAGGCUCAUUUGUUACGCGCUAGCGCUGGACUCCUGCAUCCAAUGACGGCCCAGCAAGCGGCAGCUGCUGCCAGUUACUCAAUGGGACAUGUCGCUAAUGCCGCGGCGCUCGGUCUAAGCGAGGUCUGUAUCAAUGCUAAGGAUGUGGCCAUGAGCAGUCAAGUCUCCACGCCAACGCCUACCCCCACGCAGACGCCUACGUCGACAUUCUUGAGUGUAACCACAGCAGACGAGUCAAUUAUUAAGGCCCCACAUAAUUCUAAAUCCGUCAAGAACUUUCACGAUGUAAGCAGUGAGCGAUUCAGUCGACUGGGCAAGAUUAAGCCAUCCGAGCAACCGUCAUCAACUUCGGAGAGUGUUGCUCAGGUCGAGGCUGACAGCGCCUCUUCGAAUGUGCACGAUCGUGAAAAGGGCCGUCAGAGACUUCAUCAUCAUGAUACCUUCGAUCAUGAACAAUUAAGUUCCAUAUCAAAUCCACUAAAUGAAUACGAUUGCACCACAGCAGACACCACAGAUAUUAAGGACGAACCAGGUGAUUUUGUCGAAACUAACUGUCACUGGCGUAACUGCAGCGUAGAAUUCAUAACCCAAGAUGAACUGGUGAAGCACAUAAAUAACGAUCACAUUCAAAGCAACAAGAAGGCAUUUGUCUGCCGUUGGGAGGAUUGCUCACGUGGCGAAAAGCCUUUUAAAGCCCAAUAUAUGCUUGUAGUACAUAUGCGUCGUCACACUGGCGAAAAGCCUCAUAAAUGCACUUUUGAAGGUUGCUAUAAGGCUUAUUCGCGCUUGGAAAAUUUGAAAACUCAUUUACGUUCGCACACGGGUGAGAAGCCUUAUACCUGCGAGUAUCCGGGCUGCAGUAAGGCCUUCAGCAAUGCUAGUGAUCGUGCCAAGCACCAGAACAGAACCCACAGUAACGAGAAACCGUACAUUUGUAAGGCACCCGGGUGUACAAAGCGAUAUACAGAUCCGAGUUCACUUCGGAAGCAUGUGAAGACUGUACAUGGCGCAGAUUUCUACGCAAAUAAGAAGCACAAAGGAUUGCCUUUACAUGAUGGCAAUUCUGGACUCGAUAGGGAGAGCAACAGCCAGCAUAUGCAUCGGCAACAGUUACAAGAACAGCAUAUAGACUCGAGUCCGUGCAGUGAUGAUUUUAACUCUGGUAACGCGAUCGGUAAUAGUCCAAGCGUCAAGUCCGAGUCGGGCGCCAAUUCCCCAGCCCAAUUAAACGUUGGCUCUACAAAUCCCUCCGAUGGAUCUUUAAUGUUCCUCAAUAACGGAAGGCAUGGUGAGGGCAACUUAGUUGGCGAUACCGCGCCCUCGCUGGAUGAUGGUUGGCCCUAUGAUGAUGACAUAGAUGCUGCAGAUCUGCCAAUUGUUUUGCGCGCUAUGGUUCACAUUGGUAAUGGAGGAAAUACAGGGGGUGGGUCUCUUGGGGGCGCUCAUGGCAUUGGGCGUCAGCGCUUCCGCAGUCGCCUCCAGACUAAAGUAAUCAACUCUACCAACUCCAUGCUUUCAAACAUACCCGAGAGCAAUCGUGUAAUAGGCAUCAGCGAGCUAAAUCAGCGCAUAACCGAGCUCAAAAUGGAACCGGGCAUCACUGCUUCUUCUGGGCUGAGUGACCUUCACGUAUCCCAUUGCCGAUCGUCAACGCAUUUGAAACAGCAACAAUUACAUCUACAACAAAGCUGUAACUCGUAUGGAGGAGUAGGAGCACAGUCACAAUCGCGCCGAGAUAGUCAAAACUCCAAUGCCAGUACCUAUUAUUGUAGCAUGCCAAGUCGUCGAAGCAGUCAGUCCUCACAGCUGUCAUCCAUAUCGACUAUGCGCCCUGCUGGUUGUCCUUUGUAUAGCACGACUUCAGGUUCAACGAGUGUUUCUCUGUACGACCCCAUAUCACCAGGUUGCUCUCGUCGCUCAAGUCAAAUGUCGAAUGCUCAGUCUAAUAUAAGUCCAAACAUGCAAUGUGGUAUGCAGUGCGUAGAUACGCAAUAUCCAUCCAGCUCUCACACAGAUAUCCAAACGUUCUACAAUCGACUAUCUAAUGAUCAAUGCCAGACACAGUACCUGGGAUCUGCACCUCCGAUUAUGUCUGGCAACAGCACCAGUCUACCGCCGCCGCCUUCAUCUCACGUAAUUGCCACACAUCUACAACAGCUACAACAUUCAACAAGUGUUCAACUUCAACAUAGGGGGUUGCCUGGGCGUUAUUCAAUUCCGAAUUCUCCCACCUCAAACUCUACAUAUGAGCAGACAGAUCAGUUGGUGCCGCAGUCGCAAUUGCAAAACAGUGUACAUUUGAGACGCCAAUCGGAACCAAUUUUAGCUCAGCAGACCUUGGAGCGCAUGGGUGGAAUUAUGCCUGCUUUUCAUAGGCUGGCUAGGGAAUGUCCCAUCCCAUCAACUGUAUCGCCGGCCAAGGCUAGUUUAGCUAUAAGCAGUGCGCCGGGAGUGAGCGUGGCUAAUUCACGUGACCAUCACCCCAAUGAGAAGGUUGAUCUAGAUAAAGUUGAAGAACUAAUUUUACCUGAUGAGAUGCUCCAGUACUUAAAUUUAUUUAAGGAUGCUGAAAUUACAAAGACCAAUCCACCGACAAGUAACGGAUCAACAAUGAUCAAGCCCACUAUAUCAUUUGCACCCACGGCCCCAUCCGAAACCGCACAUUACGGCCCAUCUCCCAUAACACAGACGAUAUCGCCCCCAUGCGCUGAGCGGAGCAACGUUUCUGGUGUACCAGACAAUGCGUAUCAUCAAACUGCAAAUAUUGAGAACACAAAAGCACCUAUGAAUGAUCAAUAUACAUAUCGCUAUGCGCAAGAGCGUGAUCGAACAGGUACAGUAGCAGCAAAAGCAGGACCUCAAUUUGAAACGCCACUAAGGGAUCAAAUUAUUACUGAUUCUUCAAUGACGAGCCUGCCAGAGCUGUCUAUGCCUGCAGAUGCUGAUCAGAAACAGAAGCAAAAUAGCGCAAGCGAAAUCCAAUGCGGAGUUGUCAGCCAAUCACAGAUGUCACCGGCUAUAAAGAUGGGUGCAAAUGGUACGAAUCAAUGUAUUCCGGCUGAGGACAAGAGCUCUGGAAAUGAAUUGAGAAGUCAAUGUAUCAAGUCUUUCCAAGAGGGUGAUAAUUUGCCAUCUAUGCAGUCAGACACAUAUCAGCGCACACUAGAGUAUGUACAAAGCUGCCAGAAUUGGAUGGAGACCAACAGUAGUUCUUUGUCAACGAGUCAUACUCCUGUUUGGGCCGAUGUAACCAGCUCGACGCACCCACAUCCGCACGCCUCUCCAUAUCCACAAGCACAUACCGGCAAUAAUAUGAUUAUAAAUGAUAUGACUACAUCGUUAAGCUCCCUUCUGGAAGAGAACCGAUAUUUGCAGAUGAUGCAAUAAAUUUAUUGACCGAUGUACACCUAAGUAUUUGUAGCUGUGGCCUGGAUGCGGCGUUUUACAUUUGUAUGGAUGUUUGAUGUCAUUAUAUGAAGUUCAAAACAUAGAAGAAAACUGAAUGAAAUACAUUAAAUUAAGUUAAAUCGUAAAGCCAUAUAUGCAUAUAAUAUUUAUGAUAUUCAAUAGCUACGUAUGUCUUUGUCUUCCAGAUGUUAAAUGACUCCGUCAAUAAUCGAUUUCAAUA